AUAUUGUCAGAGUCUGUAGUCUAUGUGUUCUAUGGUAUUUCUCAAUGUUCCUCAUCAUUUCAGCAUGUGAAGCAGUAUAUACACGCAGGAGAUUUGCUUCGGCAUCGCAAGGACUAUCGUGCUGGAAUUGAACGCCUGCAACAUUGGCUGAGGAAUGCAGAAUCAGUUCUUUCAUCCUCACAGCUCAGUUCCACAGAGAGAAUAAAACUUUAUGGUGAACAAUUACAGCAAUUACAAAAUGAAGUUGAAAGCAUAGAAGAUCUCUUCAAACACGUCAGCAAGAAAUUCCAGGCUAUGAUUCAAGAUCUUUCAAGAGAUGAGGUGGACCGAAUCAUGAAUACACUCAAAAAGGAGAAAGAGGCACUGGUAAGAGUACGGGCUCUCAUUCCCAUGCAGUUACAUCUGUUCCACCAAAUCCUGGUCCAGCAAGAAUCACUUGAAGCUGGCCAGAUUGAAAUAGGACAUUGGCUGGAUGAGGCUGAGGCUGUCUUAGCCUCACAUUCACUAGCAGGAGGAAAGGAGCCUGUACAAGCCCUGCUGGAUAAGCAUAAGACAUUCUUCUCCAGAACACUGUACUAUAAGUCAAUGUUGGAAAGUAAAAACAAAGUGUUCCAGAGCAUUGUGAAGUCGGUAGACCACAGUGAAGGCAUCGACACUGGUGACUUCAGAUUAAGGAUGGCACAGCUGAAUGAGAGGUUUAUCAGGGUUAACCAGCUGGCUCAGCAGUGGGAACUGAAACUUCAAGAGGCUAUCCGUUGCUGGCAUAAUUUCUGGGAGGCUGAACGCAUCAUCACCGAGUGGCUGCAGAAAGCAAAGAAACUGAUUUCUGAGAAGCAUAUAGACACAAAGCAGACUGUAGAAUCUCAUAAAAACUUCUUUGAGAAGGUCAAUGAGAAGUGGAUUCAAGACUUAGUAAACUCAGCACAGGAUUUAAGAAACUGUCUUCCACAUGAACAGCAUCCUCCAGUAGAUGCUGCUGUUGAGAAACUUCAAGCUAAAUGGAAGGAAGUUUUAUCCUUUGCACCUCUUCACCUGAUGAGGCUGGAAUUCCGGCUGGACGAGGCUGCAUUCAGCCAGUACCUGAAAGAUAUAGAAAAAGAAAUUCAUUCUGAACAGCAGGCAUUUAAUAAACAUGAAGAUGUUGAAGCUAUCCUGGCUAGAAACAGGGAGUUCUUUGUAGAGCGCAUCGUGGUUUCGGAAGUGGAGCGGUGUCUAGAGAACAUGGGUAAAAUCAGUAAUAGUUUUAAUCAGUGGGAUCCACAUGACUCAUCCUUGCGAGAAGCUCACAGUAGGGCUGUGACACAGUGGGAAGUUACAUCCCAGAAAAUUAAUACCAUCUCACAGCAACUUCAGCAGAUUCCUACACUGUGGAAGAACUACCAACAAAAAUUUUUGGAAAUGGUACAAUGGAUGGAUGUAGUGGAUGUUAGUCUUCUGAACAUAAUGAAAGAAGUUAACACUCUUGAGGAAUUUGAAAACGAAAGGGCUGUGUUCCAGGGAAUCUGUUGUGAAGUAGAUGCAAAGAGGGAGGACAUGAAGUGGUUGGUACAAACUCUGGACUCACUUGUAUCGUACUGUUCAGAUGAGGAGUCACUAGCCGAGCAGAAAAAAUUAGAACAGCUCAUUAUCCGAUAUAAGAAUCUCAUCCCAACAAUAGAACUCACCAUGGUGAAAACUGAUGUCCACUAUAAGUGUUAUACUUACCGAAAAGAAGUGAGGGAGGUGGUUGGGCUCCUGCAGAAAGUUAAAGAAACAUCCAUGUCAGGUCCACAGCCAGAGACUUUGGAUUCGGUAAAUGUAAUGAUCAAACAGCAGGAGUCAGCUGUCACACAACUGGACCACCAGAGAAGUAACAUUAUGAGCAUGUUACAGCGUGGCAAGGACCUUGUCAGAGACACCCAUGCUCCAGUCUUCAUCAAAACUGAGGUUUCCAGCCUUGAAACUGGUUGGAAUGAAGCUUAUGGACAGACUGUUGAGAAACUCAAGAAACUCAAAGGCACACAAAAAGUAUGGACAAACUAUAAAGAACAAAAGGAUGAAAUCAUAAUGCUGUUGGAGCAAGCUGAAGGUGAAUUAAAGAAGGUUGCUCCUGUUGCUUAUGACAGCCAAAAGGUAGCAGCUGACUUACAGGCUAAGCAAGAUAUCAGUAUUGCCCUCAGAAAAGCUACUGAGGAAAUGCUUCUCAAACUCAGGGAUCUCUGUUCUACACUCACUACAAUGACAGCUCCUGAAAGGAAGCCUCUGCUUCAGAAAGAAGUGACUGAAAUUGAACGCCGUCUACAUGUGACAUUAGAGACAGUUGAAGAACGUGUGAUAUACCUGGAACAGUUCAAAGCUCGCUGGACUCGAUUCCAAGCCCAACUUGGUGAACUUAGAAAUUGGACUCACCAGAGUGCUCCUGCACUACUAGAACAGCUGCAGGCAACAGACCUGACACCUGAAGAGAGGGUGAAGAAGUCACAGGCUCUUCAGGCACAACUAGAGGAUAAAAUUAAUGUCCUUGAUGUGCUUAGCGGCGAGGCCAGGGAAUUGCUGCAAGAAGAUGGAGAGAAUGUGGAAGCUGCUCAACUGAAAACAGAAGUAGUAGCAUUACGAGACUCUGUCCUGGGCCUGCAUAAAGCUGUUUUAAUGCAGAUCUCAUCAGUGGGCCAAGAUCUAACCCACUGGCAGGAUCUCAAAUCAGGACUGCAAGAAGUGAAACCAUGGAUAGAGCAGGCUGAAGUUAAAGUUAACAUGGGCAUACCUAAGCCUCUGUCAUUACAGGAGGCACAACAGCUAUUUGACUCUGCCAGGGUGUUUGAGAAGCAGUGUGAAGAGAACUUAACCAAACUUCAGGGUAUUGCUGCCCUGAGUCAACAGAUUACAUGUCGCACUAGUGCUCCAGAUGAGGUGGAUGCUAUCCACUCACGAUGGGCUUCCGUCCAUGAUGUAGCAGUGCAGUGGGGAACCAGGCUUGAGAAACUUGUAGCGACGUGGGAGGAAUUUGAAAAUGAGGCUGAGAAAAUAGAUACAUGGAUACAAGAAGGCCAGAAGGCAGUCCUUGAGACUCCUGUCAGUCUCAGCUCUCCAGACUUGGAUAAGUUGGAGAAGGAACUUUUAAAACUCAAGGCUUUCAACAAAGAGAUAUCUGACAGACAAACACAAUUGAUUACUUUAAUGCAAACGUCAGACAACAUUGCUCAGGGCCUGGCAAUGGAAGGUGGAACAGCAGUGAAGGGAAGAGUUAAUGAGAUGAAAGCCAAAGUCACCAAGUUGGCUGAGGAUGUGAGGCAAAAGCUGAAUGCAACUUCCGAUACCAUACUGGCAAGACAAGAAUUCCAAGGAAAGGUUGAAGACUUCGAGAAAUGGAUGGAUCAGCUGGGUGCUGGUGUUAGCGAGAUAGAUGAGAUAACCUUGGAUCAACUUGAUUCAGCACUUCAGUCUGUUCAUGCUUUACUACAGGAGCAUUCUGAGAAGCAGCCUGCGUUCAAUGUGAUUUAUGAUGAAGUCAAGAAAUUGCGUUCGAAUAGUCCAGAUGAAGCAUCGUCUGUCAAUGAGACAUACACAGGACUUGUGACUAAGUACCAGGAUCUUGAAGAUAUGCUUCAAAAGAAGAAGGGUGCACUUGAAAAGUGGUCUGAUCUUUUAAGUUGGUAUGCAGAUACUAGUGACCAAUUGAACCAUAUGAAAUAUCAGCUAGAGGGUCAAAAGCCACGUUCUGAAGACGUGGAAUGCUUUGAAGAAGAAAUAGAAGUGGUAAAUCUGAAGAUUUCACCCUGGAAAGAGGUGGCUCCUUUUAUAGAUGAUGUGAGUCAGCAAAGUGGAACUUACGUCAGAGACACAACAACUGGUAAAUGUGUUACUGCUGUUGCUUUGGUGCAUGAACUGGAGACUAAAGCAGAUGCUUUGAAGGCGCAGCUCUCAAACAAAAGGGAGGUUCUUGAAGAGGUUGGUGCUCACUGGUCACAGUUUCAGUUGGUUCAACAGAAUUUAUCUGAUGGAUUACUUGCAAUGCAGGGUACUGUUCAAGAUACUGUCAUGGAAAUGGACAGCUGUGAUAAGUUAGAAGAAGCUGUUAAGAGCAUUGGUGGACUUCUGGAGGAACAUAACCUAAAACAAGGUACCAGGGACAUAUUGCACAAACAAGGAAAGAUACUAAUGGAGAAAGAUCAGAGUAACAUAUCUACUAUUCAAAAUAUUUUGGCUUCCCUUGAUGCUAACUGGGAAAAAAUAAAUGAAAUGCUGAAGGAACAGAAGGCUAAAUACUUGGAAAUGAAUAGUGCUUGGAAGCAUUUCUGUGAUGCAAUGGAGGAAGUGUAUUCUAUGAUUAAUGAAGCUGAAACUCUGUGCCAGUCAGUACAGGAGAGUCCCAGUGACCUGACGCAGGCAGCUGUCACUCACGAUAAGACUAAGAAGGCCCUGGAGAUUCUAAAGAAAGCCAAAUUAUUACUUGAUACAAUGGACAGCAAAGGACAGAUACUUCUUAAGCAGGCAGAACCUAUUUCUGGAUUCAACACUGCUGUGAUAGCAGAGAAACUCUCAGAAGCUCAUAAUGCAUGGCAGCAUGCUUAUGAUACCUUGACAAAGAAAGUGCAAGAUUUAGAGACUCAGUUAAUUAUCUGGAAGCAAAUUGAUGAAUCAAAGAAUGAAGUUUUACGGUGGCUUGGGGAAACAAGUGAUGCACUGUCAGAUGCUUCACAGGAUUUUUUUGACGUUGAAAGUGGACUGUCUGGAUUGAAUAAAUAUAAAGAUGAACUACCAGCACAUUAUAACUUGAAGGCUAGCAUAGCAUCUAAAACAGCUCAAUUGGUCAAAUUUAAUGAUGGAAAACAAAUUCCAACUCUGGAAUCUCUGAACAAAUUAUUGGAAGAUGAAUUUGCUCAUAUGAAGGGCAUAGCUGACAAGCUAGAGGAAAUUGUGUGCACUGUCGGAGAACAGGAGAAGAAUGUUCGAGAUGAAAUGAAGAAAGCGAGCGAUACUGUUACAAAGAUUAGAGAAGCAGUUAUCAGAUGUGAUGAUCUAACUGGUGAAAAUGCAAAAAUCUUAGAAAGAUUGAAAAACUGUCAGAAAUUGAAAUAUGAACUUCAGAGUUUUGGUUCUGUUCUGGAACAUUUGAAAGAGAAAAUUAAAGAAAUUAAGUCAAGUUAUCCAGCAUUUGGUGAUUCAGGACUAUCAAAGGAACUUAGUGGCCUGCAGAAAAGGUAUGAUGGGGUUUCAUCCCAUGCGAACAAAAUUGAAUCAACACUCCUCACAUUUUUAAAUAAAUAUCACAUGGAAAAGUUUAGUGCUGUACAGAGAGGUGUAACAGCACACAAAGAAAAAGUGGUGUGGUGUUUGCCUGAACCAGGAAGUGACAGGUACAAUUUGGAAGUGAAGAUUUCAUCCCUUCAAGAUGUAGAAGUUGGAUUGUUAGACUGUGAGGCCAAGAAAGCAGAUCUUGAUGUGUCUUUGCACCUCCUUGAGAAUGUGGAAACUCCUGAAAAGAUUAAAGAACUACAGACAGAAAGAGACCGAUUGGUAACUGAGUUGGAAAGCCUUAGGAACAGCUUUUCAAACACAAAACAGUCACUGGAAUAUAACAUCAACCUGUGGCAAAAGUAUGAACUCAUGUCUGAAAAUGUGGCAUCCUGGCUGAAAGAAACUGAAGGAAAAGUUCGUACAGAGAGUGUGAUCCAGCUGAAUUUGUCUACAAUUGAUGAUAAAAUUAAAGAGACAGAAUCCUUCCAAAAACAGGUGACAGAUUUUGAGUCAGAAAUUAAAGAUAUUUCCUUGUUAGGAGAUGAGAUUGUGAAGGAAAAUCCAGAAUCUCGUGUAGGUCAGUAUGUUGGUCAUCUUGUCACCAGAUAUCAGGGAGUUGUCAAAUUUGCAGGAUCAUAUAUGGAGCGUCUCAUGUCACUAAAUAAGAUCAAAGACACAUACAAAACUUCAGUUACAGAUGUUGAAAACUGGUUGGCUGAAGCUAAUAGCAAACUUAAAUCAUUUGAAGAUCUGCUAUCUGGAGGUGCUAAGCCUAUGCAUGUUUAUCAAACCAAACUAGAAGAGCUGAGAAAAUUCACUGAGGAAAGAGAAAAAGGUCAGGCAUUGCUAAAUAAGGCUGUAGAAACAGGUGAAGCACUUCUCUCUGGCAUAACACCAGAAAAUCGUGAGACAGUACGUGCUGAAUUGAGAAAACUGAGAGAUGCAUCUGAGUUAUUAAUUGAUGAAGAAAAUGCUUUAUACAAACGUGUUGAAGGAUUUAUGAUGCAAAGGUCAUCCUUUGAAGACAGUUAUGGACAAGUAAGCAAGUGGCUGACAGAAGCUGAAGCUAAAAUUGGUAGCAAAAUGGAUCUGAAGGCAACAUUACAGGAUAAAAAGAUUGCAAUGCAUAACUAUAGAACCUUGGCUCAAGAUGUUAACACACAUAAAAAUAUUAUGAAUCAACUGAAAGAGAAACUAGGAGCGCUCUCAGAUUCUGAUGCCACUACAAAAUUUAACAACGUACUUACCUCUUAUGAGAAACUGUCAAAUAAUGUUGAGGAGAGGAUUGUAGUGGCUGAAAGACAUGUUUCUGACCAUGAAACAUAUCUUCAGGCUCUCGAGAAAUCCCGGGACUGGCUAAGCACAUUAUCUGCAGAAGCUGCUGCUGUUACAGAUGAAACAGCAUUAGAAAAAGAAGGUGCUGAUGCAAAACUUGCCAUCAUUGAAAAUUUGCUACAUCACAAAGAAGAGGGAGAUCAGCUUAUUGAAACUUGUCAUAAGCAGCUUCAAACUGUCCUGGAACAGACAAACAUAUCAGGUCAUCCAAGUUUACUGAAGGAAUUUGAGGAUCAGAAGAAAGCUUGGGAAGCAUUCUUGGUACGUUGCACUGAUGCACAAACCAAAUUACGUCAGCUGUGUAGCCAUUGGACUGAAUUUGAGGAAACUGUAGAUGUUCUCACAAGUUGGAUCAAACAGAAAGAAUCACAAGUGAAAGAUCAAAGUUUGAGGAGCACUCAGGAAGCGAAGCAGGCCCAUCUUGACAAGUUGAGGUCUACUGAUGAAGAAAUCUUUGCAAAAGGUGAAGAGUUCAACAAAGCAUCUGAACAGAGUCAGUCCAUAGAGGGAGAGUCCGAGUUGUCAGUGAAGGUGUCUCAUCUGUUAACACGCUAUCAAGGCCUCAAGAACCUUACCAGGGAAGCAGUAUCAAGAUACGAACAGUAUGUGAAGGAACACAGAGGUUUCAAUGAUGAUCACAAUGCAUUCUUGGAAUGGCUGUCUAAAGUUGAAGAAGAGCUCAAGGAACUUAGCCAGAUAGUUGGAGACUUGGCUGUUUUGCAGGAGCGACAGAAACAAAUUCGAGAGUUAGCAGAUGUGAGGUCAAGAGAAAGUCCUAGAUUUGAUGCAUUAAUAGACUCUGGCGAGAAGCUUUACACUCACACAUCUCCAGAUGGAAGAGAAAUCAUUAGACAACAGCUGAGAACCCUUCGUACUUUGUGGGAUAAUUUCUCUGAUGAUCUGCAAGCUGCAGCGCACAAACUUGAACAGUGCUUGAUGCAAUUUGCUGAGUUCACUUUAUCUCAAGAGCAACUGACCAAAUGGCUAAAAGACGUAGAGCGUGCCAUGACACAGCAUACUGAGCUCAAGAAUUCUCUACAGGAAAAACGGGUGCAGCUCCAGAAUCAUAAAAUUAUGCAUCAGGAGAUCAUGUCUCAUCAGCAGCUUGUAGAAUCAGUCUGUGAUAAAGCACAGCAACUAGUUGACCAGACACAGGACAAGUCUCUUAACAUCUAUCUACAGUCUAUCAAACAACUAUUUCAAAAUAUUGUCAUGAAAUCACAGGAUCUCCUAGAUAAUCUGGAAGAAUGCGUUCAGAAACACAGCCACUUUAGUACCUUAUCCAAAACGUUUCAAGACUGGCUGAGAGUGGAACAAGAAAAUCUUCAUGACUGUGAUGAUAUUAGUGGAGAGAAGGCUGAUAUCAGCAAACGAAUUACCUCUGUGAAGAUGCUGAGAGAUAAUCAGAACCAAGGCGACAAUCAGCUGACACAACUACGAGAUCUGUGUGGGGUAGUAAGCAAAAGCACAGCCCCUAAAGGCACUGAAAUUCUGGAAAAGGAAGUUAAAGAUUUAGAAUCAAGUUUGAAAGAACAUCUGUCAAGAGUCGAUGCUGUUGAGUCUAAACUUGAAGGAGCACUGAAGCAGUGGCUAGAAUUUGAAGAUCAGCUGGAUAAACACACAAAAUGGUUCCGUACAACAGAAACCAUCUUCAGGGACCAACAGCUCCAAGCAACAUUGGCUCAGAAAGAAGCACAACUGGAGAGCUUCAAAGGAAAGAGAGACCUUAUUACAGCAAAAGAGAAGGAAAUUGAUAACUUUGUGGAUUGCUCACAUUCAUUGCUGAAUUACAGCAGAGCUGAGAGAAUCAAACCACUCAUUUCACAGAUCAGCAAUAGGUACCAGUUAUUACAUGUUUUAAGUAAAGAGGUCAUUAAUCGGUGGCAAGGAUUGGUGGAUGAUCAUCGUGUGUAUGAGGAUAAACUUCAGGAGAUAAUAGCCUGGCUUGGACCCCUUGAAGAAAAUUUGUUAUCUUUGAGGAAAGAGGAUUCAACAAACAAUAUGGAAGCAAAGUCAAAUAGAUUGCAGUUUCUUUUGUCAGAACGAGAACAGGCCACUCACAAACUGACCAGUGUCACAGCACUGGGAGAAAGACUGUUCCCUGAUACAGCAGCUCAGGGCAGAGAAAAGAUCAGGCAAGAUCUGCGGGAAGUGAGAGACAGAUGGGACCAGCUUGAAGAAGGAAUUAAGGAACAGCAGAAGAGGCAAGAUGCUCAAUCUUUGCAAUGGAGUAGCUAUCAAGAAACUUUACAGCAAACACUGGCUUGGCUUGAUGCCAUGGAGAAGACACUUCAGCAAGAUCCUGCUGUCUCUUGGGUGUCUACACAGGAAAUACGCUCCAAACUGCUCAAACAUAAGACAACUCUUCAAGAAGUGAUAACUCAUAAGCGUGUAAUUGAAGCUGUGACCGAGAAAGCGCAAGCCCUAGUCCUGCUGACAAGUAACAAAGAUGGAGGAAAAGAAGUGCAGGAAACUGUUGAUUCAAUAAACAAACGCUAUGAAGAAUUGGUUAACAAUUUGCUGGUUACAAUCACUCAGCUUGAAGAAUCACUAGAUGCAUUCCAGCAGUUUCAUGACCUGCAGAAAUCACAUCAGGAUUACCAGAAACAACUCUGGGACAGACUUUCAGGCUAUUCGGACUACAGUGGCAAUAAGCCUGCUCUGCAGUCUCGUCUGAUGAAGAUAGUAGAGCUUCAGGAUAGUGUUCCAGAAGGCCAAGCAAAACUGAAAUCCCUUAGUGACCAUGUAGCCAAUAAGACAGACAAGCUUCCACUUAGAGCCAAAGAAGUCAUGGAGCGAGACCUGGCCAAUCUGAAAUUUGAUUUUGAGAAAUUUGUAGCUGCAUUAAAUGAUGUCGUCCAUGGGCUAGAAGAACGGCUCCAGCAGUGGUCAGAAUAUGAAGGUUCCUUCGAUCGCCUCCUCUUCUGGUUAUCAGAGUCAGAAACAGCCCUUAAAAAUUAUGCGCCACGGUCCUCACUUGAAGAGAAACAAGAACAACUUGAAAAGUAUCAGGAUCUCAUAAAAAUAGUUGAAUCCAGAAAUAGAGAUGUGAAGGAAAUUGUUACCCUAGCCGAUCAUCUUGAACAAUCUUUGAUCCUGAGCUUGCGACAAAAUGAAGCAGAAUUUGAUAAGAUGAGUGACGAUUCAUCAGAAUUGGUUCAAAUCAGUGGUGAAUCCAGGAUAUCCGUUAAUGUUCAACAGAUCACAUCAAGAUUUCAGUCCAUUCAGACCACAGCCAAGGAAAUUGUCAAGAAGUGUGAACAGGCAGUGUCAGACCAUGAAGCAUACCUGGACAAGUACCGUCAGUGUUCAGAAUGGCUUGCUGCAGCUCAAGGAAGAUUUGAAAGUUGUCGAGAUGGAAGUUCGAUUGGUGCAAGACAAGAUCUAAUUCAACGUAGUGCUGGUCUUAAAGACCUGCUGGCAGAACAGCCAAGUGCAACAUCUCUUCUGAACAGUACAGUGGAGUUAGGGGAGAAAUUGUAUCCGUCUACAGCCAUGGAAGGCCGGGAAACUGUGCGGCAGCAAUUGCAGGAGUUGCAACAAACUUUAGAGACCUUGUAUGAUGGGGUUUCCAGUACAGAGAGAGAACUGCGAGCUAAGCUUAACAGAUGGACUGGCUUUGAAGAAUGCAGUGAGAACUUGCAUAGUUGGCUUCAAGAAACUGAAGCUCAGUUGCCACAAGAACUGGAGCUUAAAACCACACUUGAUGAAAAGAGAGCACAACUUCAAAGCUACAGAGCUUUGCUCCACGAUGCUGUGUCGCAUCAGCAGGAUAUUGUGAAUCUCAGGGACAAGAUUGAGAGCCUACCUGAACGGACUGAAAAGAUCGAUCAGAUGCUUGCAACACUCACUCAGCAGCACAGUAGCAUUCUUAAGCGAGCUCAGAACUUUGUGGAGAGAUAUGAAGCUAUAGUGAGUGAUCAUCAGCAGUACAGCAAAGCUGUGAUGGACACUCAGGAAUGGUUGGAUGCCACCCACAACACAGUCUUGCUCUGGGGUGACGUGGAUCUUGAAAGAAUUUCUCUGCACACAAAUUUGGAAAGACUCAAGAAUCUGCAACUGAGCUUGCCAGAGGAAGAGCCAAGAAUUUGUCAGAUCCGGUCUCUUGGUGAGAAGGUUCUACCAGGUACAGUUGAGUCAGGUCAAGUAAACAUCAGAGCACAGAUUGAUUCUUCACAACAGGAAUGGGAGGGACUCAUUUCAGCAGUCAAAUCUACAAUUGAGGCCUUGGACACAAAACUUCAACAGUGGAAUGAAUAUGAAACAUUGAAGGACCAGUGUAUGACAUGGAUUAGAGAAACAGACACAAAAUUGCAUGCUGUAGACCUUAAAGCUACAUCACAAGAGAAGAAGGAACAACUAGAAAUUUUGAAGAACCUUCAAGGAGAAGUUCGGGCUAAGGAACUAGAGAUUGAUUCGGUAACAGAGCGAGCACAGCAACUUCAAAAGGGCACUAUGAGCAGUCGUAGUUCUCAGAUUUCUGAGUUGGGACUCAAGUAUCAGCAAGUCUCACAUAAAGUGAAGGACCUCACCAGCCGAUGGCACCAGUACGUGACAAGUCAUUUGGAAUUUGAGAGUCACAUCGCAGAAUGCACACAGUGGCUUGAAGACAUAAAGAACAAGUUGGCAUAUUGCUCAGACCUAAGUGCUUCCUCACAGAAAGAUCUUGAAGGAAAAUUGGAAACUAUUCAGGAUUUGCUGCUGUAUAAAGAAGAAGGCUUUAGUAAAGUUCAAGGCACAAUUGAGCUGGCUCAAACUGUUUUGGCUAACACUGCUCCUUCAGGUCAUGAUGCUGUUAAUCAGAUACUUGGAAAAUUACAAGAGGAAUGGAGUGCACUUGCCUCUAAGAUGAUGGAGACCAAGACAAUUUUGGAUGAUUCCAUCCAUCGGUGGGCCGGAUUCCUUGAACAGAUACAUCAGCUAAAUAAGACUGUUGAAUACCUUCAGAGUGUGUCAAAUGAAAUCUCAGAGUUUCAAACUACUAUGUCUGAUAAAAGAGCUCAGCUUGAAAGGUUAAAGUGCUUGGAAGAAAAAGUCCGUUGUGAAAAAAUUGAAGUUGAUAGUUUGAAAGCCAAGGCGACUGAAAUGCUUGCCAGUGGACAGCAAAGCCAUGCUGCAUCUCAGGCUCAGGAAAUUCUCAAUAAGUUUGAUACACUUGCUGAAAGGAUUAAGAACCUUCUAUCAGAACGUGAAGAUCAGUACAAGGAUCAUCGACUAUAUAAAGAAGCCUAUGAUGACCUGACUGGCUGGUUGAGCCGAUCAAGAGAGAAGGUACCAUCAAUGAAGCAGCGACCUCUGAGUGACAAACUAGCUAUUGAGAACGCUGUAGCACCACUGGAAGCCUUGUUAAAUAAACAAGCACAGGGCGAGUUACUGGUUGAACACCUCCAGCAUACAGGUGAAGUGGCCAUAGCAAGCUCCUCACCACAAGGACAAGAGAACAUCCGCAAUGAGAUUAGAGCUCUCCGGGAGAAUUUUGAAGGGCUCUUCAAAGAAAUAAAGCAGCAGAAGGAGCAACUAGAAGCAACUGUGCUGCAGUGGCGAGAUUACAAAGAAGAAUAUGAACGUCUGUCUGACUGGCUUCAACAAAUUGACAUUCAUGUGAAGGCCCAUAAGACUGCUUUGCUAUCUACACUUCAAGAGAAAACCAAACAAGUGCAAGAUGUGAAGGUAAGAUGA